AUGACUCCCCCUUUCUUCCAGAACCCAGCUGCAGAUUGGAACAUGUUGCAGCAGGAGCCUUCAGAAAUUUUGUUCGAUUCAAUGUCAAGCAAUAAUGCUGUUCUUGACCCUAUCCAAGAUUCUCUUUCCUUUGAUAUGGUUGACUUCUCCACAACACCAACAGAAGGAAACCAUAACGAGGCAAAGAAAUUGGUGGUGAAAUCUGAACUGCAGAAUAAUAAGGAAAGGUCUUACAUUGGUGUGAGGAAAAGGCCUUGGGGAAAAUUCGCAGCAGAGAUCAGAGACACAACGAGGAACGGUGCGAGGGUUUGGCUUGGAACCUUUGACAGUGCUGAGGCUGCUGCAUUAGCUUAUGACCAAGCUGCAUUUACCAUGAGAGGUGAUAAUGCUGUGCUCAAUUUUCCGGUGAAGACGGUGAAAGAGUCUUUGCAAGAGAUUCAAUAUAGCUGCUGCAAUGGUUCUUCUCCUGCACUUGCACUCAAGGAGAGGCACUGUAUCCAAAGAAAGUUGUCAUUAAAGGGUAGAAAGUGUAAAGCGAAAGAGACAUCAUCAUCAGAGGAUCCAACACCAAGUGUGUUGGUGUUCGAGGACUUGGGAGCUGACUAUCUUGAGCAACUUCUAAGCAUAUCUGAUCAAAGUGCAAGACCUAGCUACUUCAGCUAAAGCUGUAU